CAGAUAUUUGAAAGAAGUUUAAGACAGAUUAAGCAGAAAUCUGGAUUAAUCCAGAUCUCCUUGCUGGUCCUAAAGGUGCAGAGAAAUACACAGAGGUGAAAGAAGUGGAGGAAACUGCAGUGCUGCUCUGUGACAGAGACUGGAAGAGCAUCAUGGAAACUAGAAGAGUUUUAGUGACAGGAUGUUCCUUCGGGAUUGGUCUGGCUGUGGCUGUGCGUCUCGCCAAGGAUGAACUUAAAAGGUUUAAAGUCAUGGCCACCAUGAGGGAUUUGGGGAAGAGAGCAGCUCUGGAGACAGCAGCUGGAGAGACGCUGGGCAGGUCUCUGGAGAUCCAUCAGCUGGACGUCUGCUGUGAGGACUCCAUCCGAGAGUGUGUGAACAACGUGCCUGACGGAUGCCUCGACAUAUUAGUGAGUAAUGCUGGCAUGGGGAUGAUCGGGCCACUGGAGUGCCAGAGCCUAAAGACCAUGCAGGAUGUCUUUAACACUAAUUUCUUUGGCUUGGUGCGACUGGUGAAGCAGGUGCUGCCUGACAUGAAGAGACGACGGAGUGGACACAUUGUGGUGAUGAGCAGUGUCAUGGGCAUUCAGGGACUCCCCUUUAAUGACAUCUACUCUGCUUCGAAAUUCGCCGUAGAGGGCUUCUGUGAGAGUCUUGCUGUGCAAGCUCUGAAGUUUAACAUUAACAUGACUUUGGUAGAGCCGGGCCUGGUGCUGACAGAGUUUGAGAGGAAGGUUUACGAGGACGCUGGAAACAUGGACCUGUCCGGCACAGAUGAGGAAACAGCUAGAAUUUUCCGUGAGAUUUACAUUCCUAACUCGGAAAACGUGUUUGCUUCAACCGGACAGAGCCCUGAGGAGGUGGUUGAGCAAACGUUCCAGCUGAUUGUAUCAAAGGAUCCUCCGUUUCGCCACCAGACCAAUCUUCUUUACACGCCCCUGACUCCCAUGAAGCACGCAGACCGUACAGGUGUCCUGCCUCUAGACGUCUUCUACAGGUUAACCUUCACGCACAGCCGCGUGUUUAACCUCAGCCUCGGCCUCAUGCGCAUGCUGCGGAGGAGGAUGAGGAAGUCUAAAGUGUGA